GAAGAGUUGAACACUGCGACCAUGCACGCAACAUGUAGCUCUCAGAUAACCCUAGCCUAAGUUAAACCUGUAACAGACCCUUCAGUUGGAAAUUGAACAGUUUACUUUCGAUGGUUUCACGAAGUUAUUUUGAGCCGUUUUGUAUGCGUACGCCGUUCGGUUGAAGCUUAAGCAAGUAAUCCAAAGUACAAUCAUUUAUGUCAAACAGGACACCACACACACCAGAAGCUGGCUGGACGAUUCCGAGCUACAGACACAAGAUACAAGGGGGCACUGUCACAGAGUAAUUUUUACAGGGACAGCGUAGUAACAGAGAUACCACAGGAGUUUUGCUAAGAGUUUUUUAAUUCGUUUUACACCAGCUCUAAGAUAUUGCUAGUGGACUCGGAAAAGCCACACAACAAGAGGCGGUACAGCCAGUUCGGUCGGAACGAUCCCUAUAUCACAGCAUUCACUAGGCUCAGCAAGUCAGGUUCCAGCUAGCUUAGGUCCCAGCACACCCCGCACCCCGAAUGUAACCCCUGCAGCUCCUAGGAUUAGUUUCCAACUAGAGUAAAGCUCCCCGAUCCCCGAGACCCAAAUCGACCACCAAGAUGUAUGCAGCUGCUGGCGGCGCCUCGCUGGCCUCUCGCCAGGCGCGCCAACGCCAGCGCCAGCAGAAGAAGAACCAACAACUACAGGCGAAACUACAUCCACCGAAGGCCGCCGGGCUCGGUCUCGUGUCCGGCGAUCAUGCCGCGGCCGAGGGCGCCUCCACGCCCACCCGCGGCCAGUCGCGCCAGUUCCACCAGCUGCCGACGAACUACCUGCGGGCGCCACAGCCGCAUGGCCGCAAGCUGAGCGCCACCUACACGACGCAAUCGAAGCUCCUACUGCCAAUCGACGAGGGCGACACCCAGUCGGUGCUGCAGCUGCGCAUGCACUCCCACUCGCACGCCCACGCCCAUGCCCACUCGCACUCCCAUGGACCUGCCCACGCCCACGCCCACGCGCAGGCGCAGCCAUACCAGACGCCCUACCAACAGUUCGCCUCCUCGCACGGACGCGUCUCACCGAAGCUGGUACACCGGCACUCCGGCACCGGCAGCACUGCCGGCUUCCAGCCGGUCUUCGCGGCCGGCCAGCUGCACAAGUCCGCCACGGCGACCUUGCCGCUGCACAUGCAAACGGAAGCGGAUGCGGAAACGGAAGCAGGAGCGGGAGCGACGCCAUCGGCGGUGGCCGGCGUUAAAACGACAGUGACCUCGUUGGAGACAGCCACGCCUACGUCUCCUCCGCUGGCCAGCACAUCCGCUGCCGCGGCUGCCGCCCUGGCGGCCGAGGCCGAGGCGGAGGCAGAGUUAGCUGGCGCAGCCGCCAUGUUUGUGCCCCACCAUGAUGCCAUCAUUGUAACGCCGGCCACGCCCAUGGCCUCGCCUGGUCACGUGGCCAAGCUGCGGCGCCCGGGGCCGGAGGAGCUGCUCGAGGCGUCUGCGGAGCGCCAGCCCCUGACCGCCGGCGAGGCGGACGACGAGGAGGAGCCGAUGCACCCGCCACCCGGACAGCUGGAGCGCAAGUGUAGUGUCUACCGAAUGCGCAGGAGUGACGCCUUUGAGCAGGAUACCGGCAGCGGCCUCAAGCGGCAGCUGCGGGAGCUGCAGUUCAGCGCCGGCGCCCAGCAGACGCAGUACGAGCCGCUGCUCGCCGACGAGCCUCAGCUGCUUUUCAAGGGACUGGGCGCCAACGGACGCAAGCUACAGAUCUGCGCCUACUGCGAGGAGGGCAUCUGCAUGUGCGAGCAUCUCGAGUGCGCCCAGGGACGGGCCGCCUGGCUGGAGCGGGGCCGACGCUGCAGCGUCCAGGAUCAGCAGCAGCAGCAGGCCACCUGCCACCGACGCUGGGUGAAGCGCAACCGAAUACAAGACGCCUCCUUGGGCGGCUCUUCGGACGACGAGGAUUUCCUGGGCGUUCUACGCGGUCCCAGCACCUUUGCGAACGCCUUUCUCUACGUGGGCCUGGGCACGGUGGCGCUGGGCUUGGUCAUCGCAUUCGUGGGCACUGGGGAGAAAGGCUUCAAAACCGUGGAACUAAGACUUAUAGGGCCCUCUCUCAUAGGAUUGGGUCUGAUCUGUUGCAUUUUACGCAUCCUCUUCUGCAUCUGCCCAUCGCACUGCAUCUCAUCCAGCAAGAAGACGCGCAAGAAAAACUUCAACAAAAUCGAUGCGGAUCACACCACCUCGCUGCUGAGGAACGAAAGCAAAAGGGUAUCCAUAGCGAGGGGACCCAGCAUUCAGGCCAAAUAUCCAAUAGCGCACAAACGGAGCCAGAGCAAAAUGCUCAACGAGGGAAUGGAGGCACUCCGUCAAAUUGCCACCACAUCAUUGUUUAUGCAGAAUGAGCAGAAGACUGCCAUUAAUCGCGUAGUACCGAUCAUCAAUGAGCCGGAGAGCGGUGAUGCUCCACUGGAGAUGAAGAAACUGCAGACAGCUCUCAAUGCCUGCGAGAUGAGCGACGAGGAGCAUGACCAAGAGGAGCAGCAGCAGAUUGCCAAACCUACAACAGCCACAACUGCCGUAACGAUUAGUACCACCAAAGACCCGACAUCAGCAGGAGCAGGAGCAGGAGCAAGUGCACCUUCGAGAGUAACGAGAGCCACCACACUGAGUACCGUAGACGAGAAGCCCGACAGCAAGCUGGUGAGGCAGCGAGUGACCCUGCAACAACAACGCUCGCAGCAGCAGCAGAAGCCGGACCAUAUCUCCAAGUCGCAGUCGCUGUCCUCCUCUUCCACAAUCAGGGACUCGCUGGACGGCGUCGUGGUCGAGGAGGAAACAUCCCUGAUAGAUGCCGGCAACAAUGUCACAGCGGCAUCUGCUGCAGCUCCAGCUGUGAUACCAGGCAGCUGCAGCACUGGAGCGAUACCCAGAUACCCCACGCGGACGGGCCAGUCCACGGGAGCGCUCAAGACGACAACGACUACGACAUCGACAACGUCGACGUCGCCAUCGACGACUACAACGACGACUUCGCCCACCAUCACGGCGCGGCUGCCCACGUCGCAGUCGCACCCCAUCAGCUACGACCUGCCCCCGGCCCUGCCGCACACGUACUCCGCAUCGGCAACAGUGCGCGGACCGCUGGGCAUGUCCAUGAGCAGCUCCGCGUACGCGAUGCCCAUCAGCAAGGUGGGCGCCACUGCCGCCAUGCCGCCCACCACCACAACGAUCAGUCUGCUGCCGCUUCCGGCGCCGCCGACGAUGGCCACCACCACAAUGGCGGCGGCCAGCAUUCCCGGCCAGGUGCCGGAAACCAGCGGAGCCAAGAGUCUGAGUCUGAGCUUAAUGCAACCCAUGCCGGCGCUGCGACCAGCCACGGCGUCCGGCCUGUCGACGGCAUCGUUCAGCACACAACUGGAGCACAAGUCGCAUCCCUCAUCCGCCGGGUCGACGAUGGGGCGUGGCGGCAGGUUGCAGGCACCGCCCUCAGCGAUAGGGACAGCGGCGUCGACAAGCAAACUCGAGCCUGAACUGGUGCUCAGUCCGGCUAAGCUAGGCCAAUAGAAUAAUGGGAAUUAGUUUCGAUCUUACUUAGUUAGCCGCCAGGUCAUGUACAUGUCUAGGUUCUAUGCGCGAGUGUGAGUGCGACUGACUGGGUGUCUGUGCCAUGUGUGUGCUAGAGUGAAAGGGUAUUACGUAGGACGGGAACGAGAGAGGCGUGCCCAAAGCUAUCUUUUAAAUGUGCCACUAGAAAAACUAAGAGAACUAAAACCACGCCCAAAACCGAAACUCUAAAAAAAGGGGGUCAUGUUCUGACUCAGUUCCCUACAAAAUCAUGAUUAUGAUGCAUGAAUCCCAUGUGGAAACCAUCAAAAGUCCACUUCUCGGCUCAGAACAUGACUUAUUGUUGUUUUUUUAAACAAAGUUGUCUGUGUACCUGUAAACUCCCCCUAGGACUUACCUAUGUUAUCGCUUAUCCCCAGAUUCCUCAGUACGUUUUUCGGAUGUUCCAUCCACUCUGCAGCUACCCGCUUAUUACUUCCGACUGUCCGACCUGUUCCUCAGGCUUCAGGUGGCAUAACCAUCGCCCAAGUGCUCAGCAAAUACAGCUAUACCAAAAUCAUAGCCAGGGUAUUAUAAAGUUUGUAUUCCAAACAUAUCGUUAACGAAAUACAUAAACCAAUGUAACACUUAAUGUAAUAAAGAGCCAAACAAGAAACCUAAUGCGAAGACGGCACGCGUCCGAAUUGUCAAAGAAAACCAAAAACAAAAUCGAAAGAAUAUGGCUACAAAACCAAUUAGAUAUAUAUCCAACGAUGUAUGCGUCCACUAGACACCAGCAAUGUCAGACAGCUAAAUACCCAAAUAUAAAUGUACCAGUAUGCAUGGGAGCGUGUUUCUGUUUAACUAAUUCCAAUCAUAAGUCCACAAAGUUCAAAAAGUAUUAGGUACUGGUGCCCGCGUCCUUGAAGCAAGCCUUGAAAACCCGUUAAUAAAUAAAUUACCAGCUCUU